ACCCAAUCGAAUUGCCAUAUGCCGUAGUCCGAAUAUCUGAAGGCACAUUACCGUGUGAAUGGAGGUGAUCUUUACGUGAUUACUUCCAUACUGCCUCUUCCGAGUUGGCCCUGAAGUCCGAACGCCAGCGGCGAUACCUCUGCAGUGCGGAAUAUUGUCAAUAAUCCUGCCUAUAGUCUUUCCUUGUCUCCCCCGAGACAACUAUUGGCUUUGGGAGUUGUCUUAUAUCCGUCACUCCUUUCGUAUCUUUUGGUACGUUCGUCGCGAACUCAGGCUCUUUGCCCCUUUCAUACUUCAAGUCUUCGAAUUUUGCCUGAAGGCUCCGCUUCAGCAUGGCUGGCAAACGAAAGAGAGAUAUUCUGGAUUUCGAUCCUAACAAAUCCGACUCCGAUGACGAGAACUUUGAACCCGACGUCGACCGCCCACGUUCACAGAGAAAAUCGCGCGCGCAUAGAGCGAAUAAGCCUAUCGGUCGUAAAAAGGGUAGGUAUCGGGGCUCUGAUAUUGAGGAUGAUGAAGACCUCGAUGAUAGUGACCAAGAGAAUUCAUUCGCGGAAGACGACGAAGAUGAACCUGAACCUCCGAUCAACGAAACCACCGGCCGUCGCAUCAGAAAGGCGGCCACCAAACAUCAGAGUUAUAAGGAGAGCUCAGAAGAUGAAGAUGAAGAAUUAAUUCACGACUCGAAUGAGGAGAAAGAUGAUCUCAUCAAGGAACCCCCCAAGAAGUCACCCCGCCAGAGGAAGCUAAUAACUCUUCGGGUUCCCCCGUCUGCGCGGAAGACGCGCGCUGCUUCUAAUGCGAACCCCCCUCCGGUCGGCAUCAGGAGAAGUACCCGAGCUCGUACCGUUGAGGCGGAUGAUGCUGAUUUGGUCGAGUUAUCAAUUUCUGGCAGACAUGCAAAACCAGCUCGCGGCUCCAAGAGCAGGAGCCCCGAAGCUUUAAGUCGAACCAGCCGACCGACUCGUAGUGCGAAAGGCAUCAAGCAGACAGUGCCUACUGUGUUGGAGGCUGAUACUCAGGAAGAAAACCCGCCUCCCGAGGCUGAGAUUGCCGAAGAUCCUGUCGUCCAAGAUGCUGCAGUGACCGAGGAAAUUGCAACCGGUCAAGUGGGUGCCGAUGCCGAUGCCGACGCUGAUGUAGAUGCAGAUGCAGAUGCAGAUGCAGAUGCUGACGCUGACGCCGAUGAAGAUGCCGCUCAUGACCACGAAGAGCCUAUCGAAACGGUGGAAACUAACGACCGCAUGGAUGUGGACGAGGAAGAUGAGGAUGCUGCUCCCGUUUCACGCAAAACUCGUGGUACGAGAGCUAACCAGUCGACGGCUGCUGCCGAAAAUGUCGCCAUUGAGGAUGAAAGUCCUGUGAAACGAACUCGCCGACUGACCCGCAAGUCUCGGCUAGGAAAGUCGCUCAAAGAACCCAGUAGUGACUUUGAGCCUGGGAAUGACUCUGAAGAUGAGAACGAGUCCGCAUCCGAGGCUCACCAAGAUGAUGUGGGCGGCGAUGAUGAUGAGAACUCGAGUCCCAGUGCCCGCGGACGGAGAUCGUCGAGAAGUAAGGGUAGAAGAUCCGCAAGAAGAUCCCAACGACGUAAGGAGUCGGGAGAUGAAGAUGAAGUCGACGGGGAUGAAGUGGCAGAAGAACUCGCGGAUCUUACACAAGAUUCUCGUCCGCGUAGGACGCGUCGCUCACCCGAGAUCCUUUUUGACAGCAGGGAAGCAACGAGGCGCCGUAGAGGCCAGCCGGUGAACUACGCGAUACCACCGCUCAACGCCAUCCCGCUUGAGCAGGAAGAAGACAACGACGAUGCAGCCGCGACAACGAGUCGUCGCCGUGGACGCGGGAAUGGGGGUGGCGGCUGGGAUCAUAACCUACACACUGUCGCGGGUGCCUUGGGCGGUGUUGGUCUUACUGGCUCACUGCUCGGUGGACCUUGGGGAACUGGCGCAGCGGGUGGUGCCGAUUCCGACAGCAGCGACGAUGAGAUGAACCAUCGCUCAGGUGGAGGAGGAAUGGUCGGCAUGACGCCAACUUCCGCAGCCCCUAAUCUUGGACCAUCAAUCGGGAAUAGAGAGAGUGGCGGUCUCAUGGCGGCGCCCACGCUCAAUGUUGGCAAAAUUAAGAAUUCGAAGGCCCUCGCCGAUGCAGACCCGUUAGGCGUUGAUAUGAAUAUCGACUUCACCCAAGUCGGUGGCUUGCAAGGUCAUAUCGAGCAACUUAAAGAAAUGGUGCAGUUGCCUCUCCUUUACCCAGAGCUUUUCUCCAAGUUCCAUGUCACCCCGCCGAGAGGUGUAUUAUUCCAUGGUCCUCCGGGAACGGGAAAGACGUUGCUUGCUCGAGCUCUUGCAAAUACCGUUAGUCUUGGCGGUAAAAAGAUUACGUUCUACAUGCGCAAGGGUGCUGAUGCGCUGAGCAAAUGGGUUGGUGAAGCUGAGAAGCAACUGCGCCUUCUCUUCGAGGAAGCUAGGAGAACGCAGCCCAGUAUUAUCUUCUUCGAUGAGAUAGAUGGACUUGCGCCGGUUCGCUCCAGUAAGCAAGAGCAGAUUCAUGCGUCGAUUGUGUCGACCCUGCUCGCUCUAAUGGAUGGAAUGGACGGUCGCGGUCAAGUAAUCGUCAUUGGCGCUACCAAUAGGCCGGACAGUGUGGACCCUGCUCUACGCCGUCCAGGACGUUUCGAUCGAGAAUUCUAUUUUCCCUUGCCCGAUGUCGAUGCUCGCAAGUCAAUUAUCGAUAUCCAUACCAAAGACUGGGGUCUUUCCGACCAGUUCAAGAUGUCCCUGGCUAGAGAUACGAAGGGUUACGGUGGCGCCGACCUACGUGCUAUGUGCACUGAAGCCGCCAUCAACGCGAUCCAGAGAACGUACCCCCAGAUCUAUUCGUCGAAGGAGAAACUCGUCGUCGACCCGAGCAAGAUAGACGUGCACAUGACCGACUUUAUGCUCUCCAAGAACAAAAUCGUGCCUUCUUCAGAAAGGUCUGCGACUUCUGGGGCAGCUCCGUUCCCCAAGCCCGUCGAGCCACUCCUUCGAGAACAGUUCAAGGUCAUUACCAAUGCGUUGGACAGCGUUUUUCCUCGUAAGAAGAAGGUGACGGCACUAGACGAGGCAAUGUUUGAGCCUUACGACGACGCCGACUUCGGGUUUAGCCGGGAGGCUCUGCAACGGGAGUUCCACCAAUUUCGCGUCUAUCGUCCGCGACUUUUGAUUUGCGGCUCCCAGGGGAUGGGUCAAGUUUACAUUAGUGCUGCUAUCCUGCACUAUCUCGAAGGCGUUCACGUGCAGAAUUUCGAUAUAUCUAACAUACAUGGUCAAUCUAUGUCUCCUGAACAAGUCCUUUUCGGACUUUUCGCCGAAGCUAGACGUCAAAAGCCGAGCGUCAUCUUCAUUCCGAACGUCGACAUAUGGUAUGAUGCGUUGGCUGGAUCUACUACUUUGACUACAUUCAUGUCCAUGCUGAGAGCGAUACAACCUACCGAUUCCAUCAUGGUCGUGGGUACUGCGGAAACUGAACUGAAGCAUAUCAGUCCCGAUCUGAAGCGCGAUCUUUUUGGGUUAUCGAACUCAAAUUUCGUGGAGAUUGCCCGUCCGCUUCGCGAGAAUCGACAGGAAUACUUUAGCAGGAUACUGGAACAUAUCCAAAGAUACCCCAAGGAUUUUCCUGAUCCUGCUAACAGGAAAAAGAGAGUUCUGGAAGUACUUCCCGUGGCCCCGCCGCCGCCUCCGAAGGAAUUUACGCUUGAAGAGAUCAAAGCCGAGAAUCUACAAUAUCGACGGAAUCUUAAUGUUUUGAAAGUCCAUUUACUGCCUAUCAUGGAGCAGGUCAAGCGCAAAUACCGCUUGUUCCGCAAUCCAUUCAUACCGCAGUCAAAAUACCAAUACCUCUUCGACGAGGCAGAUCCCAACUACGUUAGACCCGACGUACCGAACGCUCCGCCGCGCCCUUAUGAGCUUGGUAAGGACGCCGAAGGGACUCCUGGGCUUAUCGACACAGCGACCAAAAAGUUUUUGUACAAUCUUGACACCGUCACAAUCGAGACGAGACUUGCCAACACCUUCUAUAUCACCCCGGAGGCGUUUUUGAAAGAUAUAAGAUCUUUUGUACUCGAUUCUGAAGCUCUUGGCGACCAUGCCACUUAUAUUAAGGCAAACGAGAUGUAUGUCAAUGUUGAGGUAGACGUAACCAACACCGCUGAGAGUCUUCGUACCAAAUUUGACUUUGAAGAGGAGUGGAAGAAAGAGCUGUUCCGACAGAAGGAAUACAAACGAAUACAGAAGGCCCUCAGGAGAGGGGCGCGGUCUAAUUCCGGCCAGCCACGACCAAAUGCUACCAAUGGCGCCGAUCCUCCUUUGGGCGGUCAUCCUCCGAAGUUGCAACAAUUGCACACAACAGCUGGCUUCAAACUCAUUGAGGAAGAACCCGUCUCUAAUGGAGAGGGCCCACCACACCCGCCUGCCACGAAUGGGACGUCUGUGCCAUCUCGAGCGGCAGACGAAGAUGUCCCUAUGACUGGUGCUGAUAGCCCAGCUGUUGGUGGUCUCAAUUACGCCAUGCAGCCGCCAUCUCAGUGGCCCGGUAUGGAAGGGCACCAAUCUCCCCAGACCUCUAUGCGAGCGACCAUAGGAAGUAUAGACGCACCUCGAUCUUUUAAUACCCCUGUGCGAACAACUAUGGGUGGAACGUCCCGGAUGUCGCAGGUCUCGGCCGUGCAAUCCCUCCCUGCUGGGGUAUCACCGUCAGCGUUGUUAAACGAUGCGUCAACCACCAAGACAUCAGACCCUUCCAAUCGGUCCUCCAAUUUCGGCACACAGGCAACCAACGGCGUCCACCAAGAGCAAUCCAGCAUUCCUGAUACUCAACCACAUGUGUCAAGCCAGUUAACGUCCACCAGUGAACAGUGGGCUCACUCGCAAGCUCAGGCCAUAUUGCAAGGAAUCAUACAACCACCCGGGUCGUUCCGGGGAUCUCGCGUUCAAGCAUCUCCGGCAGGCAGUAAAUCAUCACAUGCCCCUAGUAUGGCAAAUUUGCUGAAUGAUCCGGCCCCUGAAGACCCGUCUCAGUCCCAAUCCCAACGCCAGUCAGGUUCCUCUUCACAACAACUGGAGUUGGAUGAGGGAUCGGCCCAGUGCUUCCUCGAUCAGAUUACCGAACGCACGUCGGGCUGUACGAUUGAACAGCUUCAACAGAUCUAUCGUGAAAUGAUGGUAGAGCUCUGGAAAACGCGAGGCGAGCAUAACCGCGCGAAAGUGCUUAGUUCAGUCACUCGCGUUUUCAACGAGGUGAUAAAAGACAUCGAGUCGAUCCAGGAGAUGUUCCAGGCCAGCCAAUAUUAGCUCCUGGAUUGGACCAAACUAAAAUUGCGGGGAUCGUGGCUCCUGCUAUAGCUUGGGAACCAGUCUCGCCAAUGUACUUAUAAAUAAAUAGCCAAGGGGCGGGAGUGCUCAAGG